UGCUUCAACUCGCCCGUUUGUUUUCCCUUCUUCAAACUUCUCGAGCACCUACAAAUGCACCAAAAGUUGCAGACGUCUGUUCCUCACGCUCUUGUCGUCACGUUGCGUCAUUUUGACUCACUUCUCCAUUUUCUAUCGGCGUCUUUUCAACUUUCGUAAGCUUCAAAAGAGCGUUUUUGUUGGCAUUUUGACUCUUGGAAAGUUUUUGUUAAAGAACACGAGAUGUAUUAUUAUCGCUACGAGAACGCUGAAGUCAGCUGCUGUUACAAGUACCUCAUGUUCACCUACAACGUCAUCUUUUGGCUGGCCGGCGUGGCAAUCGUUGCUGUGGCAUUUUGGGCCUGGAGCGAAAAGGGCGUUCUGAUGGACCUGACGCAGGUCACCCGUCUCCGCGGUUUGGACCCGGUUUGGUUGCUGCUGUCGGUGGGCCUGGUCACCUUCAUCCUGGGAUUCGCCGGAUGCGUGGGAGCGCUCCGAGAAAACAUCUGCCUGCUCAAGUUCUUUUCCGGCGCCAUCGUCCUGAUCUUCUUGGCGGAGCUGGCGCUGGCCAUUCUGGCCGUGGUUUUCCAGAGUCAGGUGCGCCAAUGGAUCAAUGACUUCUUCCUGACUAACAUCAAAGCGUACAGAGAUGACAUCGACCUGCAGAAUCUCAUCGACUCGCUGCAGAGGACGAAUCACUGCUGCGGCGCGCAGAAACCUGACGACUGGAACGUCAACGUUUACUUCAGCUGCAACGCCACGCACCAGAGCCGGGAAAAGUGCGGCGUUCCCUUCUCUUGCUGUGUGGAAGACCCUGCCGACUCUGUGUUGAACACUCAGUGCGGCUACGACGUGAGAAAAAAACCCCAGCCUGAGUGGUCAGACCACAUCUACGUGAAAGGCUGCAUCGCCGCGCUGGAAGACUGGUUGCCCGCUAACCUUUACACGCUGGCCAUCAUUUUUGUGGUCAUCUCACUGCUGCAGAUGGUGGGCAUCUACCUGGCCAGGUCGCUGGUGACAGACAUCCAGAAGGUGCGAUUCUCCUACUGAACCCGCCAGCGGCGAGGACUUGUUUUACCUGGGCGGGAAUGAUGGCGGAAACGGCGACGGACGUGAGGACUUUGCUCCGGCUUACCAGCGCCCCCACGCCAGGCGACUCGGCUGCAUCUUUCAUGCCUUUUUUCUACGUCUGCUUUUUUUUUUAUAUAUAUAAACAAUUGGGUGUCACGCGUCAUACUACGAUGGAUGGCCAAACAAAAAUUCAGUUUGUAGUAUUACAAGGAAAAAGUGGUCAUGUUACGAGAUGGUAAUAUUACGAAAGUCAUUACGAGGAAAAAAAAGUGACGUAAUUAAAAUGCUUCUAUUGUGUCUAUGUCAGUGGUUCUUAACCUUGAUAAAGGUACCGAACACCACAAGAUUCACAUUUGGAUUCACCGAACCUUUCGGAAUUAGAUACUCAAGGAAUUCUUUUCAAAUUCAAAACCUAACCGAGCAAGCUAAUAAUUUAGUGUAUUUAAUUUUCCUGUUCAAAAUUCCUCUCAUUUUGACAGUAUGUUUUAUAAACGGGUCAAAAUUUGAGCCCAUACUGCCCAUUGGUCGGUUGUAGUCCCUCAUACCAAGUGCGAUUCAACCUUCCACUGAGCAAACCAGUUCCCCCUCCUAUCAGCUUGACGACUAAAAGUUAAAUUGAUUUAAGCCUGUAAAUUGGGAGCAAACCAGUCCAAAAACUGUUCUAAAAAAGCCAUCUAAUCAGUGUACGAAAAUAGUGCUCUGUGUUUCUUUACCUUUGCUGAACACCUUAGACUUGCCGACCGAACCCAGGUUAAGAACCACUGGUCAAAGUCCUAUUUAAGGAUCCUUUGCGGUUAAUUUAGCUAAAUCAGCUAUUAGGAGUACCGUACUUAAUUUAUGAAAUUACAUGGCUAUUAUAUAUGAUAUAAGUACGUAGCUGUUAAUUUAGCGAACUUAGCUGUACUGCAUCCUUACCUAUUACGUUGCGUAAAAUAUAUAAAAGAAUAAAAUAAAUCACGACUUUAAUCUUGUCAUAUAGCCACUUUUUUCUCGUAAUAUUACAAUGGAAGACAUUAAUUUGUAGUGUUGUGACUUUUGUUGGCCAUAAUGCUGGGUGGUAUGAUACAGAUGCCUAUCUUGCUUUAAGUCUUUAAAAUUCAAACGGGAAGUGACUUGUUGGUUGUACACUGGAUUGUUUAAGCGCCGCUUCAACAUGACUAAAUAUGGACAUUGUUACAUAGUUAAAUACAUUUUUCAUUUUUAAAAAAAUUGAUGUCCUUUUUCUCGAAGGGUUAGAUUCAGAAGAAAAUUGAACUGGCAGCCAAUGAGUUAAUGAAGUCACCCAAAAAUGCUCCAAGGUUAGAAGUGGGUCUUAUCAGAAAGUGUGUGUGUGUGUGUGUGUGGGGGGGGGGGGGUAAUUGGUUAGGUGGUGGUAAUAUAACAGUGUGUACGUGUAUGACAAUUAACAGUACACAGACAAGGAUGCAGAUGGCUGACUUGAAAUGAGGUAACAGUGCAAAAAUGAUGUAACGUAACUGCAAAUAUUGCAUAUGCAGUACCCAGCCAUAUUGAGACAUGUCAGGACAUCUACUAGCACUAAACUCAUUGAUGGGAGGGUACAUCUUGGUGAGAGGAAGAAUCAAUUGGCUGCCAUUGACGUCACUAGAUGAACGAACGCUUGUUGGUCGCCACCCUCUCGCUUCAAACAGAUUAGACGUAAACUAGUAUUAAACACAUUGGUGGGAGAGAGGGUGCGUGUUGGCCAGAAGAACAGUUUGUCUGCCACUGAUGUCAAUAGAUGUCUAACCCAAAAUGAAAGUAAAUAUAGAACAUUAAUUCAAGAUGUUAAUUUAUAAAAAUGUUAAGUUAAAAAAAUAUAAAGGAAUUUAUGAAUAAUUUCCUUUUAAUAAUUUAAUGUAUAAUUUGAAAGAUUUGGAAUAUAAUUUGGAAAGAUUUAUAAAAUUCAGUAUCCUCCAAUUAGCUUAAAAAAAAAAUAUAUAUAUAUAUAUAUAUAUAUUGUUGUUGCCACUACAAAGAUGGCGUUCUAAUUCACCUACAGUGUGUGUUGGAGUUUUUGUAUUGGGAAUAAAAGUGCCCUUGUAUUAUAAUUCAAAUCUCCGCAGCUAGACGUUGCAAUCACACACGAACACAUUUGAAAACUAACAGGUCCAAUAAGCCUCUGUUUAACACCCCUUUUUCAUAACACUAAGGUCAUGUCUACAUUUUUAAACCGAGGCUCCUGCCCUCAUACAUCAGGAAAAAGAAAAAUGUACACCACCAAGUUUGUAGAAAAAAACGCAUCCACAGCCAACUGCAUAGUGUUUUUUUUUUUUUUUUUUUCAUAUUUCAUGACGCGCAUCCAAGAACAGAGUGACAGAAAAAAGUAAAUAGUUCACCGAUUGUAUUUUGUCUGUUUAGCCCAGGGUUGUCCAAACUAUUCAACAUAACGUUUUCACCAAUCAGAUUUCUUACAAGUGUAAUCAGUUGAUUGCAGUCAGGCGCUGCUUGUUUUAGCAGAAACUUUGUUGGCUAAAGCAACACUAGGGACCUUUCAGUUUUGGUCGAUUUUUUUUCAGGUGGACAAAAGCGGUAGUAUUUUGCCUUGAGGAAGACUGCAUUUCCCUUGAGGACCAGCGCACAGUAUUGCAAAAUCCUGAUUUCCAGGUCGCCUGCAGUUAGAUCGAACGACAUUUGUUUCCAGCAGCUGUGUGAAGGAUGAAUAUAGUGAUGAGGUAAUGAAUCUAGUUGUGGCUAAACAAUAUUAUAUGACGAUGUUGAAAAUAAUAAAUGUUUUAUUUUGUACCGUAUUCGAAUGCAGAGUCACACUAGCGAGUGAAAGAUGAACCAAUGUUUACCGUAUUCUUGAGUGUUCUUUUAUCCUGGUAGCCUCCCUUUUCUUUUUUUUGUCUCCUCCGCAGGGGUGAAAGUGGGCCGGAAUGGUCAGGAACGCAGUUCCGGUAUAAGAUUCAGGGCUGGAACGCAGUUCCGGUAUAAGACGCUGUGCUUUGAUUCCAAAAAUAUGACGGCAAUUAUCAAAACGCUAUGUAAAAAAAAAAAAAAAAUGCUAAACUGCCACUCAUGCAUUUCAUCUCCAAGAAGAAAAUUAUCAACACCAGAUUUACAUGCACAACUGUUAACAACAAGCAUAAUAAAGUGCUUGUGUAGCGUAAUCUGUUUCCACCGAUAUUUAUUAUUUUAUUCCACGGACGGCAUGGAGGUUUCCCCAGCUGCUGCAGUUAUCUGAGUCUGAUGAUGAGUCAUGUCGAUGUGCGAAUGCACACAGCAAAGCAAAAAUGCCUGGACUCAUUUAUCCGUUCAAUUGGCUGACAUACUGACAUGUGAUCAACAGAGAUAGCUCUGAUUGUUUCAAAAUGUGCAUGUUUUCUGGAACAGGAAAAAAAAAAGUUGAUACGACAAAAAAGGGCAAUGCAACAGAAAAUGGAUUAAAUCUUUAAGAGCAAGGAAAGAGUUGAGCAGCUUAUUUAUCAUAUUUAGUUUUAUUUGUUCUGAUGGGGAGGUCCACAACAUCUUAGCUGUCAGUGUGCACUUUGGACUUAUAUUUGUUCAUUUAUGUUGGGCUACUUAUUCAUUUCCUUAUGAUUUAAAGUCAAUGUUUGUGCAAUCUUCAAAAUAUAGUCCAUUUCACUCUGUAUAAUAUACUAGCAAGUUAUUUGUCUUAUUUUUCUGAUGUAUGUUACUUAUAUCUUUAUUUUAUAAAAAGACAGCAAAAGUAAAUGGUUUACAUUAACUUCAAUUUUAAUAUACACCAUAUGCUCUUAAGUAGAAAGAAUUGAGAUUUGGCAUUUAGUAUGUGACGAAUGAGGGAAAAAUAAAAAUUAGGAGGAUGGAGGUUGGGGUUAUUGCCGUUUUUGUUAACUUUUUGCAAAACAUUGAAAAAUAAA